UUUUCAGUGUAUACGGGCAAAGUGCCAAUGCCGGUAUAACAAAUGCAGCAAUCAUUUCUGAUUGACUUUUGCUUAAUUAAAAAAUUAAAUAUUAUUAUUUAUAAUAACUUAUGACAUACAAGUGACAAUAAUAGAAAGAUAACAUUUGAAAAAAAUUAUCAAAAUAAAAAUAAUUGAUUUUAAAUGACUUCUAUAUCAACGAUAAUAUCACAUAUAUAAUUUAUAUAUAAUAUAGAAAAGAGAAAUUAGGUGAAAAGUGAAAAGAUUUCCGUUCACGUUGACAUCGCUGUCUUUUCUAUUUUUUAAGUAUAUAUUAUAUUAAUUUCAAACAUACAAGAAAGACAAGAAAAUUCAAAAAUGUACACUGUCACCUGUAUUGCACCUGUAAAUAUUGCUGUUAUUAAAUAUUGGGGCAAACGAGACGAGAAUUUAAUUCUGCCGAUAAAUGACUCAAUUAGCGCAACUUUAGACACAGAGCAGUUAUGUGCAAAGACAACAAUAAUGGCUAGUCCUGAUUUUGAAAACAAUCAAAUUUGGCUGAAUGGCAAGGAAGAAACAAUUAACAAACGACUGCAAAAUUGUUUACAAGAAAUGAAAAAACGCGCUCAAAUUGGAAAUGAUGUAUUGCAAUGGAAAAUUCACAUUUGUUCGGAAAAUAAUUUUCCAACUGCCGCUGGAUUAGCUUCAAGUGCCGCUGGUUAUGCAUGUUUCGCAUCUGCUUUGGCUAAACUCUAUAAAGUAGAGGGAGAUAUCAGCGCAGUUGCACGAGCAGGAUCAGGAUCUGCGUGUCGAAGUACAAUGGGAGGAUUUGUCAGAUGGCACAUGGGAACUGAUCCCAAAGGAAAUGACAGCAUAGCCAGACAAAUUGCACCAGCUAAUCAUUGGCCAGAAAUGAGAAUUCUCAUUCUAGUUGUAAAAGAUGAUAGAAAAAAAGUUUCCAGCGCCGAAGGAAUGAAACGAGGUGUAGAAACUUCCGAAUUAUUAAAAUAUAGAGCCGAAUUUAUUGUUCCAAAAAUAGCAAAUCAAAUGGAAAAGGCAAUUUUAGAAAAAGACUUUCAACAAUUUGCAAAAUUAACAAUGAAAGAUUCAAAUCAAUUUCAUGCAAUUUGUCGCGAUACAUAUCCACCGUGCGCUUAUAUGAAUGAUGUUUCUCAACUCGCCGUUGAAUUAGUUCACGCUUAUAAUUCUACCGUUAAUGAAACGAGGGUAGCUUACACAUUUGAUGCGGGUCCAAAUCCAACUUUAUAUUUAUUGGAAAAAAAUGUUCCUGAAUUUAGUGCAAUUUUAGAUUAUUUCUUUCCAUCAUCGAAAGAUGCAGUUGUUGAAUAUAAAAAAGGAAUUCCAAUUUCGUCAAUCAAGCUUUCUGAAGAUCUAUUGAAAAAAAUGACAGUUAAUCAACAACCACCAGGACAAUUUAAAUAUAUAAUUCAUACACGUGUUGGAGAAGGACCAAAAAUAUUAAAAAAUGGAGAACAUCAUCUUCUAAAUAAUCAUGGUCUUCCAGUAAAGGGUUUUAUGACAAAUUAAUAUUGUUAUAAAUUUAAAAAAAUAUAUUAGGGAAAUUGAAUUUUAUUUUUAAGGAUCAUAAAGAGGUGAUAGAGAAAUAUAAAUGACAAUAAUUUACAAUAAUUUCUACAAAUUAUUGUAUCUUUGGACAAUAAUUUGUUGAUAUUCGAGGAAAAAAAAGCAAUAAAUAUUUUUUCAACAUAUAAA